AUGCCCUACGGACUACCCAUACCAGCUUCCCUUCAACAGUCUCUCGAUGAGACCAAAGUCGAGUAUGUGCAAGUUGGAUCUUCGGGCCUUCGUGUUUCACGACCAAUUCUAGGCUGCUUGGCCUUCGGAAAGCCCCAACCUUUUGCACCUUGGAUUCUUGAUGAAGAGACCUCGCUCGAGAUCUUGAAAGUAGCCUACGACCGUGGCGUUAACACCUGGGAUACCGCGAACACUUACUCUAACGGUCUCAGUGAGGAAAUCAUUGGAAAGGCCAUCAAAAAGUUUAACAUCCCACGCCAAAAGGUUGUGAUCAUGACUAAGAUCGGUUUCCAUGUUGGAGAGGAGAUCGAUGUUCUAGGCGCUGCAUUCCCCGAUGAGAUGGGCCAGUGCAAGGACUACGUCAAUCAAGGAGGCCUGACCCGAAGCGGAAUUAUCAACGCCGUGGACGCUUCUCUGAAGCGCCUAGGAACCGACUACAUUGAUUUGUUGCAAUUACAGCGCCUUGAUGAGAAACCCGUUGCAGAGGAGAUGAUGAAAGCUUUCCACGAUCUUGUCGAGUCCGGCAAGGUGCGCUACAUUGGCGCUAGCUCAAUGUGGUUGUCUCAAUUUGCCCAGCUACAAUUCCUUGCCGAGAAGAAGGGCUGGACUAAGUUUGUCUCUAUGCAGAACUAUUAUAAUCUGUGCUACCGUGAGGAAGAGCGCGAGAUGAUUCGUUUCUGUAAGGAAACUGGAGUAGGCAUUCUUCCAUGGUCACCUCUCUUCGCUGGAAGACUGGCACGCCCAUUGGGCUUUGAUAAGUCGAUCAGAUCAAAGCGCCCAUCUCCACAUCACCCCAAUGUGACCGCUGCGGAUGAAGAAAUUAUCAACCGUGUCGAGGAGAUUGCAAAGAAGAAGGGCUGGACGAUGAGCCACGUCGCCUUGGCUUGGCUUAGUAGCAAGGGUACAUCGCCCAUCGUCGGUUGUAAUUCGGUCGAUAAGCUCGAAGACGUGUGUCAUUUGCGCGGAAAGGUCCUGGCUGAAGAGGAUAUUAAAUACUUAGAGGAGCCAUAUGUGCCUAAGACUAUCGCUGGUCACUUUUAA